AUGGCGACAUUGCACUGGGGAGGAGAAGCUGGAGGCUCUUCCUGGCUCUAUUUUGAAACGAGCAUGAUUGGCCACAGCUAUAGCAUCUACAAUGCAGUCUAUGCUGUGGCACACUCCAUGCAUGCCAUGCAUUCAUCUAAAUUCAAGCGCAGAGUGGAUGAAGGGCGGCUGAAGCUUUGGAAUCAACAGAUGUGGAAGCUCAGCCGCUUGGUGAGAAAUAGCUUCUUUAAUAAUACUUCUGGCGAAAAAGUUUAUUUCAACCAACAUGGAGAACUAGAGGCUGCAUUUGAUAUAAUAAACUGGGUGACAUUCCCAAACCGGUCCAUUCUUAGAGUGAGAGUUGGAGGAGUAGACCCACGGGACCCCCUGGGCAAAGAGUUCACCAUUCGUGAGGAUGCCAUUGUAUGGCCCAGCAGGUUUAACCAGGCACUACCCAUUUCUCUUUGUAAUGACCAUUGCCAUUUGGGUUACAGUAGAACCAAGAAGGAAGGGAAGCCAUUUUGCUGCUAUGAUUGCCUUCCCUGUCCAGAAGGGAAGUUCUCAAACCAGAAGGACAUGGAUGACUGUUUGCAAUGUCCAGAAGAUCAGUAUCCAAACAAUGCCCGUAAUUCAUGCACUCCAAAAUUCAUAAUCUUCCUCACUUUUGGUGAACCUUUGGGGAUCUCUUUGGCAGUAUUGGCUCUUUCCUUUUCAUUUAUUACAGCUUCAGUACUUGGCAUCUUUGUUAAGCUUAAGGACACUCCCAUUGUCAAGGCCAACAACCGGAAUCUCACCUACACUCUUCUCAUUUUCCUCCUGCUUUCCUUCCUUUGUGCCUUGCUGUUCAUUGGCCAACCCAAAAAGGUGACGUGUCAUCUUCGACAAACUGCUUUUGGCAUUAUCUUCUCAGGAGCGAUAUCUUGUGUUCUGGCAAAAACCACCAUUGUAGUUCUAGCUUUCAUGGCUACCAUGCCUGGAUCCAGAAUAAGGAAAUGGUUGGGGAACAGACUGGCUGCUUCCAUUGUCCUUUCCUGCUCCCUGAUUCAAGCCACUAUUUGUACUGUGUGGCUCUCAACAUCUCCCCCGUUCCCAGAUUUCAACAUGCACUCAGUUAUGAAAGAAAUUGUACACGAAUGUAAUGAGGGCUCCGUCACCAUGUUCUACUGUGUUUUGAGCUACAUGGGCUUCCUGGCCACUGUCAGCUUCACUGUGGCUUUCCUAGCCCGUAAGUUGCCUGAUAGUUUUAAUGAAGCCAAGUUCAUCACCUUCAGCAUGUUGGUCUUUUGCAGUGUUUGGCUGACCUUUGUCCCAACCUACCUGAGCACCAAGGGUAAAUAUAUGGUUGCCGUGGAGAUUUUCUCCAUCUUGGCCUCCAGUGCGGGCUUACUGGUUUGUGUCUUUUCUCCAAAGCUCUACAUCAUUGUGUUCAGACCUGAGCUGAACAACAAGGAACAGUUAAGAAGAAGAAACAAUGAAACAUUCUAA